GAGAACUGGGGACUUGUCACAUACCGCGAGGAAGCCAUGUUGUUCAAUCCCAAAACAAACUCAGAGUACACCAAACAAAGGGUCACAAAGGUCAUUGCGCAUGAGCUCUCGCAUCAGUGGUUCGGUGACCUUGUAACCAUGCAAUGGUGGGAUGACCUCUGGCUGAACGAAGGUUUCGCUACCUACAUGGAGUAUGUGGGUACAAACUUCUCACAUCCUGACUGGGAACAUCUUUGACCAGUUUGCCGUUGGAGACCUUUACGACGCCUUUGACUUUGAUGGACACCGUACAUCCCAUCCUAUAUAUGUACCCGUCAGCACUCCUGUAGAAAUCGGCGAAAUAUUUGACCGCAUAUCGUACUCAAAGGGAGGCUCAGUUAUUCGCAUGAUGAGAUACUUCCUAGGAGGAGACACAUUUGAUACUGCACUAACGACCUACCUCAAGGAAUUGAAAUUUGGCGUUGCAGAACAUAAUAUUCUAUUCAGCAAAAUGAACGAGCAAGCAAAAAAAGAUGGCAAACAAUUACCAUUUACUGUUAAAGACAUUUUGGACACAUGGAUUCUGCAAAUGAAUUAUCCUGUUGUCAUGGUUACCAGAUCUGAAAGCGGGAAACUCAAACUGGAGCAGAAACGUUUCCUAAUGGACAGAAACUCUACUGUACCUGAUAAACACCAGUCCAAGUUUGGAUACGUUUGGAAAAUCCCAUUUACAUACACAUCCAGCAAAGAAUUCAAUUUCGACAAAGAUGGCACCAGUAUCUCGUGGUUGGAUGUAGCGAACAAAGAUAUAACCGAUUCAGACCUACCCGAUCCCUCUGACAAAGACAGCUGGGUGAUCGGGAACCUCCAGCAGUACGGCGUGUAUCGCGUUACAUAUGAGGACGAUAACUGGAGAGCACUCAUCAAACAACUCAAGACAGAUCACAAGAUAAUACCAGUCAUCAACAGAGGGCAGAUUAUAGACGAUGCAUGGAAUCUGGCAAGAUCGGACCAACUUGGCAUUGAGAUAGCCCUGGAAACGGUUGAAUACCUGGACAAGGAAAUGGAGUAUGUCCCUUGGCUUACAGCUAAAGGACAACUUAAAUUUUUGGAUACCAUGUUGUCAAAGACUGAUGCAUAUGGCUUAUUUCAAAGUUUCAUGAAGAAGAAGGUAGCCGGGCCGUAUGAGAAAAUCGGAAUACACAAACCGGAGUCUACUCACAUGGAAUCGUUGCUAAGGUCCCAGAUUGUUGCCACAGCGUGUGGGUACGGUGUUGAGUCAUGCGUAGAAGACGCGGAGAACUUAUAUGAGACAUGGAUGGAUGACCCGGACACUAACCCUAUUCCGCCAGAUAUACAGGAGUCGGUAUACUGUACAGCUAUAGCGGACGGAGGCUGGGAGCCGUGGAACUUUGCUUUAGAACAACUCUCAAAGACUAUUGAUGUAGCUCAGAUCUCUCUGAUACAAAGAGCUUUGGCUUGUUCCAGGGAACCGUGGAUCCUUAGACAUUACCUGAAUUUGGCAUUAAACUCCACAUACGUCCGAAGUCAGGACACACUCACUGUAAUAGAACACGUUGGGGACAACGCGAUAGGAGCCUCAUUCGCCUGGACGUUUUUAGUGGAGAACUGGGACUAUAUCCGAAGCAGUUUUGGAGGAGCCUGGUUUUCAUUCGACCGGCUGGUCUCAUCGGUGACAAAGUCUUUCAACACUGAAAGCGAGCUGAAAAAGCUCACAGAUUUUAUCGAUACGCAUCCGGAUCUUGGCACGGGAACCACUGCCUUUUCACAGGCUGUUGAAAACACUAAAAACCAAAUGAAGUUCAUGGAAAAAAAUUUCAAAACGAUAAAAUCAUGGUUACAGCGAGUUUCGACUUCAGAUGAUGAUGAUGUCGUACAAGAUGUACGUUUGCCUCGUAGUGUUAAACCUUACCAUUACGAAGUGGAACUCAAACCUGAUAUGUAUGGUACUGAUCCGUCCACCUUCCGGUUCUAUGGAAACGUUAAAAUCCACGUAGACUGCUUGAUUGACACCGAUAACAUUACACUCCAUAUCAACAAGCUGAAGAUUAACGAGGACAGCGUGACAGUGUCAGAUGAAGGGCAGGCGAAAGUUGAGGUCACAAGAUUCGGUUAUGAUGAAGAGAGACAGUUUUUCAUUGUCUACACUAAACUUUCAGCAGGCAAGAAAUAUACGCUAGCUAUAGACUUUGAUGGGCCGUUAAAAGAUGAUAUGACAGGUCUCUAUCUGAGCUCUUACACAAGAGGAAAUAAAACGAUUUACUUGGCGACCACCCAGAUGGAGCCUACCGAUGCAAGGAAGGCGUUUCCAUGUUUCGAUGAACCAGCGAUGAAAGCAACGUUCCAAGUGACGUUGUUACGAAAACCACAUCUGAUGUCUCUAUCGAAUAUGCCUAAAGAAAGUACAAAGAAUAGUACUGACGGGUUUCUAGCGGACCGCUACAUGACGUCUAGAAAGAUGUCAACGUACCUUCUCGCCUUCGUCAUCAGUGAUUUUGUUGGGAAAACAGAACCAACGGCACACAAUAUAAUGUACGGAGCCUGGGCCAGACGUGAAUCUGUUGAACAGAUCGACAUGGCACUGGAGACAGGGAAGGAAACACUAACAUUCUAUGAAGACUUCUUUGGAAUUGGGUUCCCUUUGCCUAAACAAGACAUGAUAGCCAUCCCCGACUUUGCCGCCGGCGCCAUGGAGAACUGGGGACUGAUUACGUACAGAGAGAACUCAAUGUUAUACAAGAAAGGUUUAUCCUCUACAUCCGAUAAGCAGUGGACAACGGAAACUAUUACACACGAACUCGCACAUCAGUGGUUUGGCGACCUUGUGACUAUGAAUUGGUGGGAUGACCUCUGGCUUAACGAAGGAUUCGCUACAUUUGUUCAACAUCUGGGGGCAGAUCACAUGCACCCUGAUUGGAAAAUGUUUGACCAGUUUGUGGUGAAAGAACUCCAGGUCUCCAUGGAUUUUGACGGUCUGAUAUCCUCCCAUCCUAUGUAUGCUCCUGUGAAGAACCCAGCCCAGAUCAACGAGAUUUUUGAUAAAAUUUCAUACUCAAAGGGAGCAAGCAUUAUUCGAAUGAUGAGAUUCUUUAUCGGAGAGGACACGUUCAAGAGGGGAAUCAAGAAAUACCUCCUGGACGCUUCUUACGCUAAUGCCGUCCACGAAGACCUGUGGUAUGCCAUGGGGAAUCAAACCAUGAUUGAUGAUCACCCUAUUGACGUUAAAGCCAUAAUGGACACAUGGGCAUUACAAAUGAAUUACCCUGUGGUCACUCUCACUCGUAUGGAUAGUGUGAAGGUCAAGGUCACACAAAAGCGGUAUCUACGGAACCCGGAUGCUAAGGAUCCUGGUCGAUUUACCUCAAAAUAUGGGUACAUGUGGACUAUACCUAUCACCCUAACUACCAGUACAAAUCCUAACUUUCAACAGACAUACAAUGACGUUAAACUAUUUGGAGGCAAAGACCAAGAGAUGUCGCUGGGUACUUCCCUUCCGGACGACGGAUGGGUUCUCGCUAAUGUGAUGCAGUACGGUUACUACAGAGUGAAUUACGACAAACAGAACUGGAGAGCUCUUAUCCAGCAACUCAAGAACGACCACUCGGUUAUCCACGUCACCAACAGAGCUCAAAUCAUCAACGAUGCUUGGGCAUUGGCAAAAUCCGGGGACCUGGACCUGACUAUUGCUCUAGAUACAAUGGAGUACCUUGGAAAGGAGCUGGAUUAUGUCCCUUGGUCAGCAGCUACUUCAGAACUCUCCUAUGUGGAGACGAUGUUGGUUCGAACUCCAUUGUACGGACAGUUUAAGAAAUUUAUGCACAGAAUCAUAGAAAAGCCCUAUAUGAAACUUGGAAUAGACAAUACAAAUUCUAGUCACAUGGAAAGCAAGGCGCGGGCUAUUAUUGUAUCAAAAGCCUGUGGUAACGAGGUGACGGACUGUCAGGAAGAGGCCAGUCAAAGGUUUCAGGAUUGGAUGGAUCGCCCGGACAUUAACAUGAUUGAUCCUGACGUGAAGAGGUCAGUCCUGUGUGGUGGUAUCAGUAAAGGUGGAGCUGACGAGUGGGAUUUCCUGUACCGACAGUAUAAACAAUCAAAUGUGGCCAAUGAAAGAGUGAUGAUGUUGUACGCCCUGGGCUGUAGUCAACAGCCAUGGAUUCUCAGCAGGUACCUGGCAAUGUCUUUGGAUACUAAUGAAGUUCGUAAACAAGACGCUGAUUACGUCAUCAGAUACGUCAGUGGCAAUCCUAUAGGAAGAGAUCUGACCUGGAAUUUCAUGCAAGAAAACUGGUCUCUAUAUAUUGAAAGAUACGGAACCGGAGUGUUUUCCUUCAGUCAUAUGAUCGGGUCGGCAUUGGACUCCUUCAAUACAGAACUGGAACUAGAACAGAUAAAGGCAUUCCAGGCUGAUCAUCCAGAUAUGGGAUCUGGAACUCGAGCUUUCGAACAGGCCAUAGAGAAAACUGAGGGCAACGUGCGCUGGAUGAAGAGAAACUAUGAUACUAUUAAAUCGUGGCUGGACAAAACCAUGGGUACAGAAACAAAGACUGCCGUAGAGGAUGUUAGACUUCCAAGAGCAAUUAUGCCAUCUUUAUACGAAUUGGAAAUCUUCCCAGACUUUUACAAACCGGAUCCAAAAGAUUUUACUUUUAACGGCACAGUCAAGAUACAUAUCUCAUGUGUAGAAACUACCAAAAAUAUUACGCUGCACACACACAAGCUUUCUGUGCAGGAAAGUGAUAUAAAAUUGGAAGCAGUUUCCGGAGAGCCAGUUCCGGCAAUUGUAAAAAUUACCCAUGAUGAAGUUAGACAGUUUCUGAUAUUGGACCUAGACGGAGACCUUAAGAGUUCAGUUGAUUACACACUGGAGAUGAAGUUUAGUGGGCCUUUGGUGGAUGAUAUGGUCGGAAUGUACUUUAGUUCAUAUCAACAGGGUAGUGAUACAAUGUAUAUGGCUACAACUCAGUUGGAACCAACAGAUGCAAGAAAGAUGUUUCCUUGUUUCGACGAACCAAAUAUGAAAGCACAGUUCAAAGUGACAGUCAUCAGAAAAAAAGAACUCAUCUCCUUAUCAAAUAUGCAAAUACAGACAUCAGAACCAAGCGUCGCUGGUUACAUGGCGGAUCACUAUUUUGUAUCACCAAUCAUGUCGACGUACCUCGUAGCAAUUGUUGUAUGUGACUUCGCACAUAUAAACGGUACAACGAAAAAUGGUAUAUAUUACGGAGCAUGGGCACCGAGAGAGUUGAUAGACCAGGCAGAUUUCGCUCUCGAUGUUGGUAUUGAUACGAUUACGCUAUACGAGGAGUUCUUCGAUAUCAAGUUUCCACUAAAGAAGCAAGAAAUGAUCGCCAUCCCCGACUUUGCGGCCGGCGCCAUGGAGAACUGGGGACUAAUUACAUACAGAGAGACAGCCAUGUUGUAUGAACCAGGCGUGUCUUCAGAGUCUAAUAAACAACGUGUCACUACCGUCAUUACCCACGAACUCGCUCACCAGUGGUUUGGAAAUCUUGUAACCUUGGACUGGUGGGAUGACCUCUGGCUCAAUGAAGGAUUUGCAACAUUUGUGGAAUACUUUGGAGCCGACAAUAAAUUCCCGGACUGGAAUUAUUUUGAUAUCUUUACGAUCGAACAAGUCCAUGAUGCGUUUGAUUUUGACUCUCUUGUGACGUCACAUCCGCUGCUUACUCCCGUAUAUACUCCAGAUCAGAUCAACGAAGUGUUCGACACUAUUUCCUACGCAAAGGGCGCUAGUGUUAUACGGAUGAUGCGGUUCUUUGUCGGAGAAAGAACAUUCCAGCUCGGAAUACAGAAAUACCUGAAGGAAAGAAAAUACAAGAAUGCCGACCACAAUGACUUAUGGACGGCCAUGGAAGAGCAAAUAAAAGAAGAAGGUCGUGCCCUGGAAGUAACGAACAUUAUGAACACGUGGAUCCUACAGAUGAAUUACCCCGUCGUUACCCUCAGUAGAGUCAAUAACUCACAACUUCGGGCCACACAGAAGCGCUUUCUCACAAAUCCUAACGCCAAAGACACGGGGAAAUUUGUCUCCCCUUACAACUACACAUGGAGUGUCCCCGUUACAGUUACUUACAAAUCUGACGUCAACUUUAACCAGACCAACGCGGAUACUUAUUGGCAUAGAAACAAAGAGGAUGUGAUACAACUCCGAACGCCCAUUCAGGAUGGAGACUGGGUACUGGGUAAUGUCCAGCAGUAUGGGUAUUACAGAGUUAAUUAUGACGAAAGCAAUUGGGCUCUGCUGACAGACCAACUUAAAACAGACCACAAGGUUAUUCACACAAUAAACAGGGGACAGCUGAUCAACGAUGCGUGGAACCUUGCAAACGCUGGCGAGAUCCCUUUGAAGAUAGCCUUAGGCAUGAUAGAUUAUCUUCAAGAUGAGAUGGAUUACGUCCCUUGGCAUGCUGCCCUUGUCCAGUUGGGAUAUACAGAUUCCAUGCUGAUGAGAACGGCACUUUACGGCAACUAUACAAAUGCUAUGCGGAAUUUGAUCUCCAAACCGUUCGAAAGCGUUGGUCUUGUUGCAAAGGACACUGAUGGUCAUCUGGAAAAGAUGUUGCGUAUCUCGAUAUCGAGUCAGGCGUGUGGUUACGGGGUCGAAGAGUGUGUGAGGACAGCUAAAGCUAUAUUCCAGGAAUGGAUGGUUGAUCCUAGCAAUAACAAGAUUGAUCCUGACGUGAAGCAGGCCGUGUACUGUACUGGUAUUGCGGAGGGUGGUGCCCUGGAGUGGGAUUUCCUCUAUAGCCAGUACAAGUCAAGUAACAACGCCGCCGAAAAGAAACGAAUUCUCUACUCUCUGUCGUGUUCCAAGGAGCCAUGGAUUCUAAGCAAAUACCUCGAAAUGAGUUUGGAUGCGCGAGAGGUCAGAAAGCAGGACGCUGGUUACGUCAUUCGAUAUGUGUCCGAUCACUCCAUUGGCCGAGACCUAGCCUGGAACUUUAUCCGGGCUAAAUGGGAUGUUCUAUUGACCGAAUUUGGUGGCGGAUCGUUCUCAUUUUCAAAUAUCAUAUCCGACACUACUAGUUCCUUUAACACCGAAUUUGACCUGGAACAGCUUCGAAAUUUUAAAGUUGAACACCCCGACAUGGGCUCAGGAACCAGAGCUUACGAACAAGCAGUUGAAAAGACAGAAUCCAAUAUUCAGUGGUUUAAACAAAACUUCGAAACAGUUAGAUCUUGGUUGAGAGACAACACUAAAAAACAAAUGGAUGUUACUGAUGUCAGACUUCCAAGGUCACUGCUGCCAUAUUUAUAUGAACUCGAUAUUUAUCCAGAUAUUUAUCAAUCUGAUCCGAAAGAUUUUGAAUUCACAGGGAAGGUUACUAUUCACAUAACCUGUGUAGCGUCUACUAGCAACAUUACACUACAUACCCAUUUACUUACCAUUGAUGAGGAUAGCGUCAUUGUUACUUCCGGUUCCGGGGUCAGAGUUCCAAACGUGGUGAAGAUUACGUAUGACUUGGAGCGACAAUUUCUUAUCCUGGAUUUAGACAGUGACCUACAGGCUGGAUCGAACUACACGCUAUUCAUCGCCUUUAGUGGACCAUUAAAGGACGACAUGGUCGGGUUGUACUACAGUUCCUACCAGCAGGAUAGCAAAACUGUAUAUAUUGCCACCACACAGAUGGAACCGACAGAUGCCAGGAAAACAUUUCCCUGUUUUGACGAACCAAACAUGAAAGCUCAGUUCAAAAUAACAGUCACCAGACAACCAGACUUGAUAUCAUUAUCAAACAUGCAGAUCCAGCAAACAAAAUCAGUAGAUGGCGAUCUUCGGGCUGACCAGUAUUAUGUAUCGCCGAUUAUGUCCACGUACCUCGUAGCAUUUGUUGUCUGUGACUUUGCCCAUAUAAACGGUACAACGAAAAAUGGCAUAUAUUAUGGAGCCCUGGCACCCAAGGAUAUGAUAGACCAGGCAGUUUUCGCUCUCGAUGUUGGUAUUGAUACGAUUACUCUAUACGAGGAGUUCUUCGAUAUCAAGUUUCCACUGAAGAAGCAAGAAAUGAUCGCCAUCCCCGACUUUGCGGCCGGCGCCAUGGAGAACUGGGGACUAAUUACAUACAGAGAGACAGCCAUGUUGUAUGAACCAGGCGUGUCGUCAGAGUCCAACAAACAACGUGUCACCACCGUCAUCACCCACGAACUCGCUCAUCAGUGGUUCGGAAACCUUGUGACACUGGAUUGGUGGGACGAUCUCUGGCUAAAUGAAGGAUUUGCAACUUUUGUGGAAUACUUGGGAGCCGACAAUAAAUUCCCGGACUGGACCUACUUUGAUAUAUUCACCAUUUCGGAGCUCCAGGAUGCGUUUGACUUUGAUGCUCUUGUGACAUCACAUCCGCUGUUCGCAUCAGUAGCUAAUCCUGACCAAAUCAAUGAAGUGUUCGACACGAUAUCCUACUCCAAGGGAGCCAGUGUGAUCCGAAUGAUGCGGUUUUUCUGCGGAGACAAGACGUUUCAGCUUGGAAUUCAGAGAUACCUCAAACAGAGAGAAUACAAAAAUGCCGACCACAAUGAUUUAUGGACUGCAAUGGAACAGCAAAUUAAAGAUGAGAAACGUGACCUUGAAGUGAAGAACAUUAUGAACACGUGGAUACUUCAGAUGAACUACCCCGUCGUUACCCUCCGUAAAGUCAACAAUACACAAUUACGGGCCACUCAGAAGCGCUUCCUUACCAACCCUAAUGCCACAGACACUGGGAGAUUUGUCUCCCCUUACAAUUACACCUGGAUGGUUCCAGCUACUGUUACUUUCAAAUCUGAUGUCAACUUUAACCAGACUAGUGCAGACGUGUACUGGCACAAAAACAAAGUAGACGAAAUAACACUGAAGAAACCUAUGCAAGAUGGUGACUGGUUUUUGGCAAACGUCCAACAAUUUGGAUUUUACCGGGUGAAUUAUGAUAGUGACAACUGGGCUGCUUUAACUAAUCAACUGAAGAAUGAUCACAAGGUUAUUCACACUAUCAACCGGGGACAGCUGAUCAACGAUGCCUGGAAUCUUGCCAAUGCUGGUGAACUGCCGUUGGAAACAGCCCUGGACAUGAUAGAUUAUCUGAGGGACGAACUGGAUUACGUCCCUUGGCAUGCUGCCCUCGCCCAGCUGGGAUAUGCCGACGAAAUGCUGAUGAGGACAGAACUAUACGGAGACUUUACUGCAGUCAUCAGAAAUCUGGUCUCCAAACCGUUUGAAAGCGUCGGGCUGCGCGCAAAGGAUACUGAUGGACAUCUUGAAAGGAUGUUGCGUAUCUCGAUGUCGAGUCAGGCGUGUGGUAACGGGAUCGAGGAGUGUGUGAGGACAGCUACCGACAUGUUCCAGGAAUGGAUGGUUGAUCCCAGCAGUAACAAGAUCGACCCUGACGUGAAACAGGCCGUGUACUGUACUGGUAUUGCAGAGGGUGGUGCCCUUGAGUGGGACUUCCUCUAUAGCCAGUACAAGACAAGUAAUAACGCCGCCGAAAAGAAACGAAUCCUCUACUCUCUGUCGUGUUCCAAGAAGCCGUGGAUUCUCAGCAAGUAUCUCGAUAUGAGUUUGGAUUCAAACGAGGUCAAAAAGCAGGACGCUAGUUACGUCAUUAUAUAUGUGUCUGGUCAUUCCAUUGGUCGGGAUCUGGCAUGGAACUUUGUUAGGGCCAAAUGGAACACCCUGAUGACAGAAUUUGGAGGAGGAUCAUUUUCCUUUUCAAGUCUUAUUUCUGGGGUAACUAGGUCCUUCAACACCGAAUUUGACUUACAGCAGCUUAGAGACUUUAAAGUUGAAAAUCCAAACAUGGGCUCCGGAACCAGGGCUUACGAGCAAGCAGUAGAAAAGACAGAGUCCAACAUCCAGUGGCUGCAAAAGAACAAGGAGACAAUACGAGUCUGGCUUGGAAACAAUGCUGGGAAUGAUCCGUCUAAAGUAUUAACGGACGUAAGACUUCCACGGUCUGUCCUUCCGUCCUUGUAUGAGCUCGAGAUGUUCCCAGACUUUUAUAAAACAGACCCGCAACAAUUCACGUUCAGUGGUAACAUAACAAUACAAGUGUCGUGUGUAAAGAAGACAGACAAUAUCACAUUACAUCAAAUUAAUUUAGAAAUUGAUGAAGAGAAUAUUCGACUUGUUGACCAGAGAGGAAGUUCGGUGGGUGUGUCUAAAGUAUCAUAUGAUGAUGAAAGACAGUUUAUAAUUAUACACCUGUUGAAAGAUUUGGCUGCUGGUCAGAACUACUCACUACAUAUGGCGUUUAGCGGAACAUUGCGUGAUAAUAUGGUUGGCAUGUAUUACAGUUCCUAUCAGCAUGGAAACCAAACAAUAUACAUGGCAACGACCAAGAUGGAGCCAACACAUGCCAGAAAAGCAUUCCCUUGUUUUGAUGAGCCAAAUAUGAAAGCAAAGUUUAAAAUAACUUUGAUUAGGAAAUCGGAACUUGUUUCUUUAUCGAACAUGCCAACGGAAACCAAGGGAAAGACUUGGAAAGACGGAUUCGUUGCUGAUGUUUACCAGGAAUCUCCAGUUAUGUCUACAUAUCUAGUGGCCAUGAUCGUAUGUAAUUUCCAGAGCAAGUCUAACCUGACAAAAAACAGCGUUACGUACAGCGCCUGGGCUACACCAGAAAAGGUAAACCAAGCUAAUUUUGCACUGGAUGUUGGGGUAUCAACAUUAAACUUUUACGAAGACUUCUUUGGAAUAAGGUUCCCUCUACCAAAGCAAGACAUGAUCGCCAUCCCCGACUUUGCGGCCGGCGCCAUGGAGAACUGGGGACUAAUUACAUACAGAGAGACAGCCAUGCUGUAUGAACCAGGGGUGUCGUCAGAGUCUAAUAAACAACGUGUCACCACCGUCAUCACGCACGAACUCGCUCACCAGUGGUUCGGAAAUCUAGUGACCAUGGACUGGUGGGACGAUCUGUGGCUCAAUGAAGGAUUUGCGACGUUCGUAGAAUAUUUUGGAGCAGACCAUAAGUUUCCGGACUGGAAAUAUUUCGAAAUAUUUGUCGUCGAUGAACUUCAAGACGCUUUUGAUGACGACGCCCUUGUAACGUCACAUCCGAUGGUUGCCGCUGUAUACAAUCCUACUCAGAUAAAGAUCUUUGAUUCCAUAUCGUAUUCAAAGGGAGCCAGUAUAAUUCGCAUGAUGAAAUUCUUUGUCGGGGACGACACCUUCCAGUUGGGAAUCCAAAGGUACCUUAACAGUAAAAUAUAUCAAAAUGCUGCACACGACGAUCUAUGGAAGGCAAUGACAGAUGUUUCUCCGCAAGGGUUAAAGGUUAAGGACAUCAUGGACACGUGGACGCUUCAGAUGAACUACCCAGUAGUAACGAUGAGACGAGAAUCAAACACUGUCAUAUCUGUAUCACAGAAACGCUUCCUUGCUAACGCCAAUGCCACCGAUCCAAUGAGAUUUGUCUCACCUUUCAAGUACCAGUGGAAGAUACCCGUGACGCUGACACAUCAGUCCCGUCCAAACUUUGACGUGUCCAGUAAAGAUGUUCUUUGGAUUAAUGACGCACACAGUCAAAUACGUUUAAACGGCUCCGAGAUCAAAGAUGGUGAAUGGUUCCUGGCAAAUAUACAACAGUUCGGUUACUACAGAGUAAACUACGAUCAGUCCAACUGGAAUGCACUUAUCACCCAGUUAAAAACUAACCAUACGGUCAUCCAUACGAUCAAUAGAGGGCAAAUAAUAAACGACGCUUGGAGUUUAGCAAAGGCAUCAGAACUGGACUUCUUGACGGCUCUCCAAACCAUUGAAUACUUGGAUAAGGAAGAUGAGUACGCUCCCUGGCGGGCUGCGUCAACUCAGUUCACCUACGUCUCCAGGAUGCUUAUGAUGUCAAGCGUUUACGGAAAGUAUUCAAACGUUAUGAGGACAUUAGUUACUAAGCCAUUUAACACCGUAGGCAUGAACUCUUCUGAUGCCGAGGGACAUACGAGGAAAAUGCUCCGUAUCCUCCUAACCAAUUUAGCCUGCACCUACAACGUCGAGUCAUGUGUGUCUAACGCUAAAGUUCUGUUUGAAACAUGGAUGGACGACAGUCAACAUGUUAACACGAUCGACCCUGACAUCAAACAGGCGGUGUAUUGUACGGCUAUUUCAGAGGGCGGAGCAGAUGAAUGGGAUUUCCUCUAUAGCCAAUACAAGACAAGCAACAACGCCGCCGAGAAGAAACGAAUCCUCUACUCCCUGUCGUGCACAAAACAAUCCUGGAUACUGAGCAAGUACCUGUCCCUCAGCUUGGACCCUAAAGAAAUACGAAGACAGGAUAUAGUAUAUGUGAUAUCCUAUGUAGCUGAACAAUCCGCCGGACGAGACAUUGCAUGGAACUUUGUUAGUGAUAAAUGGGACUACCUAAUUCAAGAAUUUGGCCAGGCACAGUUUUCUUUUGCUGGUAUCAUCAAGGCGACAUCUGUAACAUUUAACACAGAAUUCAACAUGGACCAGCUACUACAGUUCCGAAGAAAUCAUCCGGAUCUGAGCUCUGGUAGACAGGCAUUUACACAAGCUCUCGAGAGCACAGAGACGAAUAUACGAUGGAUGAAAGAGAACCUGGGCGUUAUCAGUGAUUGGUUGGACAAUAGGAUGAAAACCAGAUAAAAGUGUCACGUGUUAAUUCUAGAUGAUAUAUUAUUCGAUAGCGACACCUAAUAUGAUAAGGAAUAACAUUAUACUAUAUAAGUUGAUGUAUAUAGAGAAGUCCGAUGAGGGAUUAAAGUGAGUGUUAGGAACAAUUGUUUAUUGCUGUACAAACUUUCCAGCCACCCGUCAUCGCUAUAUCUAUAUGAUUGAUAAUGGCUUUAUGGCGUCUGAUAAUUAAUGUUGAUUAAUAUUGAUAUAGAAGUGAAAUAUAUAUGAAUACCUCAUUUUUAUAUCACUUAUUAUUUUUUUUUUUUACCUUAAUGUACUUUUAAUUUGAUGCCCCGGUAAUGUCAAUUACAUAUUUCAGAAAGCUCUUGAAAUAAUAGACGAAAUAAAUUAGGUAAAUCAAUGCAAAUAAAAUGCUUUACUGUCAAACGUUAAAAGUUCAUUAAACGGACUAAAACAUUAUCCAUUAUUUUUCAUUUUAAGUAAACGUUGUCUGGAUUAAUUGACAUUACCUGUGCUGUUAUCGACAAUCAUCACGUGAUUCGUGUAACUUUUACCUCAGAUGUUAACUGUUGAGGAAAUACAUGGAUCACUUUAUCUGGUUAAUGGUUGUGUGCGUGCGUGUAUAUGACAUAAAUCACGUGAUCAAGUAUUCAAUGAAAAUAUUAACGUUAUGCUUCCAGAAUAAAUUUCUCAUAUCAUUUAGAUCAUCAAUAUACUUAUUUUCAUGUGAUUUUCAUGUGAUUUUCAUGUGAUUUUCAUUGUGUAUAUGUUUUUUUUUAAAAAGAGGCCGAAAAUUAGAUAUUCUUAUAAUGACAAAUUGGUAGAAUGCUCUAAAUCGUCCUCGGUCGAUAUUUUUUUCAUGUUGAUAAAACAUCUAUCGACCUAAAAAAAAGGGCUAUAAUUACAUGAUGAAAUAUUUUAACCAGAUUCACACUUUGAUGCUGAUCAUGAUUUAACAUGAUACCGGAUUAUUAGUACAAUGUGUCCCCAUGUAAUAUGGUAAUAGAUUCAGGAAAUAUGUAUAUAUUAUGUGAGGACAACUCAUUAAAUCAAGAUUAUGCACUGACAUGUCAUUACAAUAAAAUGUAAAUAUUAUAAUUAAAAUACUUCAUAAGAAUAUACAAA